AUGUGGAUCCAGCGUGUGCCGCCCAAAGCUCCGUCGAAGUCCAGGUCAAGGCCGCCCGCCAAAAAGCAAAAGACAGCUAAGAAUGCUUCUAAGCUGCCUCCGCGCCCUCGACCAGCCGGUCGGCGCUCUUCACGAUUGAGCGGCGCUCAUAAUUUGGCGUCUGUUUCUGAAGCGGAAGUCCAGGCCGAGGAAGUUUUUGCGUCCGAACCGGAGCAUUCACAGCCAACAGACGAGGCAUCGGAAUGGUUUGAGUUUGAAACGAUCUGUAUCACAAAAUCUGAGUGGACUACUUUUUGUGAGCGUUUUGCAGCGUCAAAACAUCCCGACGAGCGCAGUUUGUACAACUAUGUCUCCAAAGAGGUCCUUCCCAAAAUUUUGGAGGUCAUCCAGAGCGAGGAAAAGAAGGCCGCUAUGGAAGCAGCUCUUUCGAAUCGCAAGCGCAGCUCCCGCAUCGCCAUGCGCGAUAGUGAGCGUGAGCAACGCGAACGUGAGGAGAUGGAGCUGCGUGAACAGCGCGCACGUGCCCAGGCAGCGUUGGAAGCGGAAAGAGAACGCAUUCUCCGGGAGGAAGCGGAGACAGCGGCACGACGUACGCGCGAAGACCGCAUGCGGGAAAGGCAGGAACGCAUACUUAUCCGCGAGCGCAUGCUGGCCAAGCGACAGGAAGCAUGGCGACGCUCUGAAGAGGCCCAAGUGAAGGAGGAGAACCGAGAGUUGGGGACGCCGAAGGAGAUUGACUCAAACGCUACGUCACACUCCGAAAGCGCCGAGCACAGAGAAGACGCGGACAUGCCCCAUACAAUGCCCACGUCUGCGCCGCCUGGACCGCUUACCACCAACACUCUUGAAGGACUAGAGCGCUCCUUUGCGACACCUGCGUCAGAGAAUGGGUCGUACCCGGCCGUGACGGAACCUCCGGAAGCAUCCCUCUCUGGCGAUCCUGCAAGACCAUACUGUGCCAAAGAACUCGUUGGCGCCGGUCACGCCACCUUAUCCAGUUGUACAAUCCUCGCCACGAAACAAAAGCCCGUGCGGUUCAUUCCCGCUGCGAACGCAACUGCUCCGUUCCCCCUUAUCUCAGGCCGUGGAGCCUGUAGAGACACCCGUCCAGAUGUCUCUUGGAAACUCUAUACUUGA